UUGUGUAAAAAUAUAUACAAUAAGAAGUGUUAACAACUUUAUUAUAUUUUUCUCUGUUACAAUUACACUUUUUAUACCUCACAAUGGCCAAAAAACCUGAGUCUUCCUGUUCGAAAUUCAUUAAGGCUUCUGAAUGCAUAAUAUAUAAUGGCAUUGCUGAAGCAUCGAACUAUAUAGACUGCAGCUUCAUUAGCAAAUCUGAGUUCAAGUUUGAUCACAUGGCUGAGGAAUGUGAAUGUACUGACUGCAAUUUCAUCAAAUCACCUGAGUUUAAGUAUGAUGCAAUAUCUGAAGAAUCUGAGUGUUUUGAAUUAAGUUUUAUCAAACGCCCUCAGUGCUUAUAUGAAUCGGAUAGUAGUUAUGAAUACAGCGAAUCAUCCGACGAAGAGUUUCUCACUAUCACCAAUAAAUCAAAUGUAAAAUUUAAUGAGGCGCUUGCUCGGUACACACGUGAACUGAUGCAAAAAAACGCUAAAAGUUUACGAAGCGUUUUGCAAUAUGAUAUAACCUCUUCCUCAUCGGAAGAGCUGAGCGAAACUGAUGAUGAUUAUACAUAUGACUUGGUUAGGAAACAUAAAGAGAUGAAUUUGUUGAAAGAUAACACAAAACUGGCACUUGACUUCGGCACAGACGGUGAAUCUGAAAGUGAGGAUUCAGAAUUUGGAGAAAAAACGCCCGUAGCUAACUUGAGUGCAACACCAAAAGCAGAUUACGGAAUCGCCAUGAAUAGUUUAGUAGCUCUUUACAGUACUUAUACUAUAAAUAACGAAAGUCUGAAAAACUUUAAAUUUAAUCCAAAUGUCGCUAAGCAACGCCGAUAUAAGAUGCCAAAGUAUAGCACUGACUAUGAUCUUGAAGUGUUGAACACAAAUGAAAGGGUAUGGCAGCAAUUUAAAAAUAAAUAUGCAUAUAAACACGCUGCACCAAAAAAUAUUAAACAAUCCUAUCAGUCCGCUAGAGACCAAGCGAUUUUGUCAUUGGGUAACCUUUUGUUUUGUCCCGCUAAGUUUAUAUACUCAAUCGAUUUUAAGUAUCCAAAAAUUAUUAAAACUAGGCUCUUUCGCAUGUUCUUUAAAUCUUCUUCUGCCAAGCUCUAAACUGGUUCUUAACAUG